AUAGUUAAAUUAUUGGAGAAAUUGAGGUUUUCACUAAUUUACAACUUUAUUAUAGCUAAAAUUUGAUGUAAUAAAAGGAAAAUUCUAAGUAAUUUGACUAAAAUUACGUGUAAUUUAGGCAAGAACGGGUCGAGAAUGGGGCGGGUCAGGACAGGUCGGGUCGAUGAGAGUAUCCAUGCCCGCCCGCCCCGCCUACGGGGCGGGUCGGACCCACCCCAAAACAGGUCAAACAAAUCGGGUAAAACGGGUCAGGUCGAAAUUAUCAUCCUAUGAUUAGUCUUAGUCUUGUUUCCCGUUUAUCUCCGCAACCCAAAACCUGGGUUGGUAAGUCAUCCACUUGCAGUGGUGGGUAAACAACUGGUUUAAAGUUAAUUGGGAAGCUGGGGAAAUGCUGUUAGAGCACAAGGGUGGAAUGCAUGCAUGGUUGCCUAAAAAUGUGUUAAUAACUUAAUAUUGUAAUAUAGCACCUAAUAGAGCCCUUCCACUAUCCUUCUGUUAUGCUCCAGAGUCUAGAGUAAUGGUGUUUCGAGUUAUAAAUUAAACUUGUACUAUGAUGUUAAUGGUACAAUUUGGCUUGUAUUAUAAACGAAUUUGUAUAUUUGCAUAAUGGUGCAAGUUCAGCUCGGUACAAAUUCAGUCAGACCUUAUGUUAUGGUACAAAUUCAGUUUGUAACAUAACAUUUUUCUAACAAAACGGUAAAGGUGUGAACUGAACUUGUACCCAAACGUCAAAUGUACAAAUUCAUUGUAAAAAUUAAGUGCAUAAGGUUAAAACUAAGUCUAUAUUGGCCUUUAUAUGGACAUCUACAGAAUGGAGUAAGUCGGGUGAGUAUCUCGAUACUUUUACUCGUUCUAUAACAGGUCGAGUUUAAGUCUAGUAAUUUGUUAUUGGUUGGGUUGGGACUGAUUGACCUAUUAGGCAUGUAAUUUAAUGGGAACAUAUAAGCAAUAAUAUGAUAAAUGUUGUUAAAGUAUUCUGUAAAUUGAAGUUCUCACCUAUUUGCAACUUUAUUAUAGCUGAAAGAUAAUAAAAGUAAAAUCCUAAACAAUUUGAAUUAAAUAACACAUAAUUUAGCCAAAAACAUAUCAAGAAUCACCGAGUAAGCAGUGGCGAAGCCACGUUGCUUGAUGUGGGGUCAGUGGACCCCACUUGGUAAAGAAGCUCAUGUUAUAAAAAAAGGAAUACCAAGGUAGGGGACUAGGGAAUUCGAGCUUUGGAUCCCAGCUCUCCCCGAGAUAGCUAAACCGCCAGGACUUCCUAGUUCUUUGUAAUCUUUGGACCCCACUAAUGCAUUUAGCUGGCUACGCCAAUGCGAGUAAGUACAAAUCAGAUCAAGCGGAGUACACUCAUACGCACAUCGCCCCAUCUAACAAAGCAAAUAUUACCCACUCCAAAAUAGAUCAAAUUGUUCAAAUAAAAAUUGUCGUCCUAAUCUACACCAACCAAUUUAACCUUCCAUUUUUUUUUUCCUUCUCCCCCCACUUCACUUUAAAUUUCACCACCACAACAUCCCUCAACACUUCCAACUACCCUUUUCUCAACACAACUCUAAACCCAUGGCCGCCCUCAAACUCCUUCCUCUCCUACUCUCCUCCCUCGCCGCCCUCCAACCCUCCAUCUCCGGCGACCCCGACACUCUCACCGACUUCCCCCUCCCACCGCCAAACUCAAACAACAACAACAACAUCAGCGGAGAUCACUUCACGUUCACCGGAAUCCGCCCGCUCUUCCACCAGCGCCCCACCACCCUCACGAUCUCCACCGCAACCCUCGCCGAGUUCCCGUCCCUCGCCGGCCAGGGCGUCUCCUACGCCGUCCUCCAGUUCCCUUCCGGCGCCGCCAACCCUCCCCACACCCACCCACGCGCCUCUGAGCUCCUCCUCGUGGCACGUGGCGUCCUCGAGGUCGGCUUCGUCGACACGAACAACAACCUCUACGCGCAGCGGCGGCUGCAGUCGGGGGACGCGUUCGUUUUCCCCAAGGGUUUGGUUCACUUCCAGAGGAAUGUCGGGAGGAAGACCGCCGUCGCGUUUUCGGCGUUUGGAAGCGCGAGUGGUGGGACCGUUUCGAUUCCGAUGGCGGUUUUUGCGUCGGGGAUUGAUGAUGACGUGCUGGCGAGAGGGUUUAGGACGGAUGAGGAUACGGUUCGAGGGAUCAAGGCUGGUGUUAUGGGGUAUAGCAGAUGAGUGAUGUUGAGGGUUCUUGUUCAAUCUUGUGUUUGUUUUUUUUUUUUUUUGUGUUGUUGUUGUUGUUGUUUUGGUAUGGUUGGUGUUGUUGUCUUGUAACUUGGUUUUUCUUGUUUUGAAUUCUGGUUUUUUCACUUGUUCCUUUUUUCUUUAUUGUUUCUUUUGUGUUCAUGGGAAUGGCAUGCCUUACUUUCCACUAGUGAUGGCAAUGAGUUCGGGUGUGAUGGGUAUCUUAAUGUCCUAUCUCAUGCUACUGCGGAUUGGGGCGGAUAUGUGGCGGGGUGGGUCGAUCCACUAAAAAAAGAAUAGUACAUGCAAAUUUUACUUUUACGAUAAAAUGAAGAGAAAAUCACUAUACGGAUGGGAAAUAGUGAUAAUAGAAUGAUUAAUUGAGUCUGACAAGUUGAAAGAUUGAUUCUAAGUAGUUACGUUGAAGAAAAGUCAAAAUAGGGAAAAUGUGUUUAAAUUUUGUAUGAAAUUUGAUAGAUGUGCCAAGAACGGGACAGGGCUGGGGGCGUCGGAAGUAGAUACCCAUGCCCCGCCCUACGCUACUGCGGGUCGGAUAAUAUCGGUCUCAUCGCGGAUUAGGUCGGAUAAUACCCGUCGGGCGGGUUCAAAUUGUCAUCACUACUUUCCACACUUGGUCUUUUAUCCAAAGGAUUGAUUGAACCGCUUUAUAUUCGGUUCAAUUAUAUUCAAUCCAAAUGGCAAAUUUUUUUUUACCAUAAAUAUACCCAAAGGGAAGAGAAGAUACAUAUUACAAUAAAUAGGAACUUUGCAGGUCAAACCAACAAUAAGAAAGGAAAAGACAUUUUCGGGUUUUGACGAUAAUAGGACCUUGAUGUCACAAAAUGGACAGUCCUAUAAUUAUCUUUACGUAAUAAGCAUAAUCCAUAACUAAACUACUAUCGUUUGCAGGGAGAAAGCCAUGGAUCGAGCUUAUCGAAACUGAAGCAGAGCAACAAAUCCAAAUAGCAAACCCAUAAGUACUGCUUGGGUAACAUCGCCAAAGAUACCUGCGAAAAUAACAAACAAGACCUAGCUAGACCGGCCACUUUGCAGCAUGUCCAAAGAUGUCAAACUAUCCGGAAAGAGGCCACCUAGAAAAGGCACAACAAAAGGUCACCUACAAAAAUAAAAACACUGCGCGAAAUGAAAUGAUACACGGUGG